UAUGUUUUGAUUCUGUCAACUGAUGUUCUGAUAGCUAGCUAGGUUAAGCUCUGCAAGUAAAAUCACAGACACACAAUUAGCAUUAUAACAUUUGCCCUUGACCAGCUACUAGUAUUUCAUCAGAUUCGUUUGCUAUUCAACCCGUGGAAGAUAACACAGCGCUGAUGAUGUCGUAAGGAGAGCUGUUUAGCAACUCAAGGAUGGAGGGUCAAGAGUCAUCCUGUUCCUCAGCUACACCAGAGAGAAGCUCCAACACUCCAGAACCAGUCAGGUCCUCGACCUCCAAACACAGGAAGUCACCUAAGAGACGACGGGAGGAGAAGAGGUCUCAAUGCCACCAUCAGGAUGACCAGGAACACCUGUUGCUGCCCGAUGGCGAGCAAAUCAGGUUGCCGGGCCAACACGAACACUCCGAGCCCUCUGGGUCUUCGACGGCAGAGAUGGCAGAGACCUCCCCUAAGAGGAGAGCUCAUUUUCUCCAUGGACCAUAUCCUGCUACUCACUUUGGACCCAAAGCCUGUAUUCUUCCUAACCCAACCUCCGUCAUGCACAUCCAGGAUCCGGCCAGUCAGCGCCUGACGUGGAACAAACCACCUGUCAACGUUUUGGUCAUCAGGAAGAUACGAGACGAGAGCCUGGUAGAACCAUUCAAAGAACUCUGCCACUUCCUCGUUGAGGAGAAGGGUAUGCUGGUGUUUGUGGAGAGGAGGGUGGUGGCUGACGUCUCCCUGACUACGGACGAGACCUUCGCCACAAUACGAAAACAACUCUGUACCUUUAGAGAAGGUUAUGAUGACAUCUCUCACUGUAUUGACCUCAUCAUCUGUCUGGGAGGAGACGGGACUCUACUCUACGCCUCCUCUCUCUUCCAGGGCAGUGUUCCUCCAGUUAUGGCGUUCCAUCUGGGUUCUCUGGGUUUUCUGACACCGUUUAAGUUUGAAUCAUACAAGACAGAGGUGGCUAAAGUUUUUGAAGGUAAUGCAGCCAUCACACUGCGUAGUCGUCUGAAGGUGAAGGUGGUGAAGGACAUGCUCCAGAGGACAGGCCAGCCAGGCCAGCAGCAGUACCAGGGGUCUGGGGGCCAAGGCCAAGCUGGGGGCCAGCCGGACACAGAGCACAAUGGCCUGCUGCCCCAUGGACACGCCAACAGCGAGGCUGGGAACAUUACCCUACAGAUGCAGGUUCUGAAUGAGGUGGUGGUGGAUCGAGGCCCUUCCUCCUACCUGUCUAAUGUUGACCUGUACCUAGAUGGACGCCUCAUCACCUCUGUACAGGGAGACGGUGUGAUCGUGUCGACCCCUACAGGCAGUACAGCGUAUGCAGCAGCAGCGGGAGCCUCGAUGAUCCAUCCUAAUGUCCCGGCCAUCAUGGUCACACCGAUCUGCCCACACUCCCUCUCCUUCAGACCCAUAGUGGUGCCUGCUGGGGUCGAGCUGAUGAUCACCCUCUCCCCUGAUGCCAGAAACACUUGCUGGGUGUCGUUCGAUGGCAGGAAGAGACAGGAGAUCAGUCAUGGAGACUGUAUAAAGAUCACUACGUCGUGCUAUCCGGUACCAUCCAUUUGUUGUCAUGAUCUGGUGUAUGACUGGUUUGAGAGCCUGGCUCAGUGUCUGCACUGGAACGUCAGAAAGAAACAAGCUCGUCUGGCUGACGAUGUCUCUGACUCCUCAGAUACAGAGAACUGAACACAGACAGACAGACACACAAAUGUGCACAGGAAUUGAAAACACACAAGCACAUAAGAAUAUAUACAGUUGAAGUCGGAAGUUUACGUUGGAGUCAUUAAAACUCGUUUUUCAACCACUCCACACCACUAGUUUGGCAAGUCGGUUAGGACAUCUACUUUGUGCAGGACACAAGUCAUUUUU